AUGGGAUAUUUAUACAAAUAUCCUUUUAAAGGAUUCAGAAUGAUUAUCAACCCUUCCAAGAGAAUUCAAUUUUCUCCAGAUGGGAAAAAGCUCCUUUCCUGUGAGAUUUCAGGGGAUGUGACAAUAAUAGAUAUUGAUAAAGAUAAACUGCAAAUCCAAUCGUGGCUUGGCCAGCAAAGAGUGUCCGCGUGCUGCUGAUUUGGCAAUGAAGAAUUUAUAAUUACUUGCAGUGGUCAGAAAUCAAUAUAGUGUCUUCACAGUUUAUCUCCUCUUGUCCCUAUGCCUCCUGAGACAAUCUUGGGGGUUGGCUUCCCCAGCUUAUGUUGGUGAAACCAAUUCUCAAAGCUGCAAAUGCUCAAGAUAGUCAGACUUCCACUUUGAGGGUUGGUUUCACCAACGUAAGCUGGCGACACCAACCUCCCACAAGAGAGGCUGAAAUUGUGAAGACACUAUAUGCAUAUGAAAGGCAGAAAACCAAGAAUUAGUAGCAGGCUUUGUUAAAUACAAUCAAGAUGCAAAACUUUUCAGUAUUUCUCCUUGUGGAAACUUUUUAGUUUCUGCCAGCUUGGACAAAGUCAUAAAGAUUUGAUAUUUAGGAGACAAAACUGACUCCUCACCUCUGUGAGUGAACCAAAAAAUUUUGCUCACUUGUGAGGGGUUGAGUUUUUAUUAAAAAAUUUAAUAUAUCAUAAUAAUUUUUUUCAGUUUAAAAAAAUCCCAGUUGGGCAGCAUAUUUAUUGUAAUUUUUAAAAACUAUGUUUAAAAGCAAGCUGUUUAAAAUUAGAUAGAAUUAACUAGAGAUUUCAUUAUAUUAAUUUUCACUCAUGAAUCAAAGUAUUUUUUCAUAAAAAAUUCUAUGCUCGUUCACAAAGAGUAGGCUUUUGGACAAAAAUAAGGAUUUUCCAAUAGUUUUCUUCUGUAACAGAGGGGGAGGAGUAAGAAUUUCAAAGGAAAUCGAAUGCUUAAAGAGUUCUAUGUUGAAAAUUUCAUAAAUUUUAUAGUAUGGUCAUCAGAUGGAAAGAGUAUUAUUGCAGGAGAUGAGGGAGGGCAGAUGCUGAUACUUGAUAGAGAAAAAAUUAUUCUUUGUGAAAAUGUUCAUAAAGAAGGAGUAACUGCUCUUGAUGCAUCAAGAAAAGGUAAUUUUGUUAUUUCUGGGAGUAAAAGCAAAUUAAUUAUUUUUAAAUUAUAA